AUAAAGUACAAUUGCUCAAAAUAGUUUGAUUUUUCUUUGUAACGCAUUGCGCUCACAAUGAUUCUGAAAGUUGAAGGACUCUUUUGUCUUCUACUGCUCUCUGCAAUGCAAAUUUGCGCCUACAAUACAAUCAGCGGCAUACUUGAUCGUGCAACGGACCUCACACCCGAGGAGAUGAAUGCUUUGAGACCGCUUUUCUACUAUCUGCAAGAACAAUACGACUAUAUACUGACUCGAAUGCCACAAGGUAGUCAAGAAGAUGAUCAGGAAAACAAUGAUUCAGUUGAUAGCCAGUUGGCCGCUACUCAAGCAGAGUUCGCGCAAUAUUUCCCGGAUUUGUAUGACACACCGGUAAGCUUAGCAAACGCGCACAGCAACUGCGAUAAAUACAACACAACAUUACCAACAGUUGCCGAGUUGAUUGGCAAUACACCGACAGGUGUCGAGCUUAACUCCGAAGCGCUUGCCGAACGCGUUGAUAUCGAAAGUUUGGUAGAGGAGGCGCUCAGCGAGGCGCAGCAGCAAAUCGACGAAAUCGUACGACGUUCGCUGCAAUUGGAGUCACAGUUACUCAAAAUAAAUAAACUGAAAAUAGUUAAAUAUGUACUGGAGGCGCUCUCGGUACUCUUCAAGAUUGCGACACGUGGCGCACGCGCUGCUUACUGCACCUACUCACACAUUCCACAGCUGAACGUCUCGCUGCUCAACAUUUACGAUGGCGUCGAUUGUUAUGCAUACUCGAAGCGCCUGCUGUUGCGUGUGGAGCAGGAAACGGUGCUGACGGUGAGCACAAUCAGGAAGAAUGUCUACAGUUUGGCGGGCAUUUACAAGAAAAUCGCCAAUAAGAAAUCGCUGUUAGGGAAACUAACUACGGCACUCUUGAAUUUGACGAAUAUUAUACGAAACAUCAAGGAGUCGUAUGUGUUGGGUUCCAGUGCGUUAGAUAAGGUGAAAAAUGAGCUACCCGACGCCGCGUUAGGUAGUGCGAAUUGCAGCCGCGGCUUUGUUGGUGGUAUACCACAAAUGGUCGAGACUGUAGCCAAUUUGUCCACUUGCAUCAUGUUCGUUGACAACACCACCAACGACUAUGACUUUAUGAAACCGGAGAAUGAACGAGAUUUCAACUAACGAGCUUCCAGCUAACGAGAUUUAAAACUAACGAUUUGCCAUCAAUUUUUACUACCCAAAUUUAAAGUUUUUCUUAAUUAAAGGAAAGUUUUAUGAUUUAUUUAUUGUUUGGAACGGUCAACGAUCUGUGAACGUGACGCCUUGCUGUCUAUGUUAGGGUUACCGAUGUUGGAUUGGUGGAAGAAAGAAAAAUUGGAAAUGAAACAUUGGCCCCCUAAUUCCCACUUAUUCUAAAAAUCCUUGA